CUCUUUCAUUUCAUCCCCAGCUUGGAAUUUCUCUUUUAAGGGAGAACUACAAGCUUGGAAAAAUCUUCCUUUUUAUUUCUUAUUCCAUUGUAAUCCUUAUCGAUCAUAUUAAUUCCAUCUGGAACCCUUCCAUUAAAAACAUGCAAUCCAUAACACCAUCAAAUAUAGAUCUUAAGUCCUUAAUGAGGACGGCGUCGCCGCCUGGACUCGGGAUGAACCACCACCGAUUUGGCCCGAGCCGAGUUCUUAUCCAAUGCAUCUCGAGGUUUGACUCAGCGAACGUGAAUGCCAACGCGAGUGCAGCCUCCGGCGGACACGUCGGUGGGGCCCGAUAUGAGUGGCAGAGUUCCUGUGCCAUUCUUGCCAGCAAGGUGGUUUCGCAGCAGCCAGACAAAGAGAAAAACGGUGGUAUCGCCGAUGGAAUGACCGCCGUGAACGGCCACCCAACGCUUGACCUUGUGCCCGUCAAGGAAGCUAAAUCGCCGGCUGCUCUCCCUAAGCCACUCAGCAUAGCCGAUCUCUCGCCGGCGCCGAUGCACGGAUCUCUACUCCGUGUUGCUUACCAGGGGGUACCUGGAGCUUAUAGCGAAGCCGCAGCCGGGAAAGCUUAUCCUAAUUGUGAAGCCAUACCUUGUGACCAAUUUGAAGUUGCAUUUCAAGCCGUUGAGCUUUGGAUCGCCGAUAGAGCAGUGCUCCCUGUCGAAAACUCCCUUGGUGGUUCCAUCCACCGAAAUUACGACCUCCUCCUUCGCCACCGUCUCCACAUAGUCGGCGAAGUUCAGCUCCCAGUUCACCACUGCCUCCUCGCCCUUCCCGGCGUCCGCAAGGAGUAUCUCACCCGCGUUAUCAGCCACCCGCAAGCACUCUCCCAAUGCGAACACACUUUAACCAAAAUGGGCCUCAACGUCGCCCGUGAAGCCGUUGAUGACACAGCCGGUGCAGCUGAAUACAUCGCCAUGAACAACCUCCGAGACACAGCCGCAAUUGCCUCCGCACGCGCCGCCGAACUCUAUGGCCUCCAAAUCCUUGCCGAUGGGAUCCAAGACGAUUCCGGCAAUGUCACCCGGUUUGUCAUGUUAGCCCGCGAACCCAUAAUCCCUAGAACAGAUCGGCCAUUCAAAACUAGCAUCGUGUUCGCUCACGACAAGGGUACCAGCGUCCUCUUCAAAGUCCUCUCAGCCUUUGCUUUCCGUAACAUCAGCUUAACGAAGAUCGAGUCCCGCCCUCACCGGAAUCGGCCGAUCCGGCUAGUCGACGAUGCAAAUGUAGGGACGGCAAAGCACUUUGAGUACAUGUUUUACAUUGAUUUCGAAGCAUCAAUGGCGGAAGUACGUGCCCAGAACGCCCUUGCAGAGGUUCAAGAGUUCACGUCUUUCUUAAGGGUUCUUGGGAGCUAUCCAAUGGAUAUGACACCAUGGGACUGUCCUUCAAGGGCACAAGAAUAGUCCAUUUUCUGUUAAUUAUUUGCCUCUGUUAUUAAUUCAAUUUCAAUACUGUCAAAUUAUCUGUGUAAACUCCUCCUUUUUAAUUAAUUUUUUUAAAACUGCGUUUUGCUUUUCCUUUGUUGAGAGGGAAAGGCAAGAAUAGUUGGUACACAUAUGUAUUUGAUGCUAUCAAACUUGUGGGCAAUAACGUGUAAUGUCUGUGAAUAUGGUCCACAGUUUUUGUUUUUCUUUUUUUCUACAAAAGGAAAAUAUUACUACGUUACUACUUUCUUAAAUUAUU